AUGAAAGGUUGUUUUCCAUUGAGACGGAAAAUAUCAAAGACUAAAUCGAAGCAUUUGGCAUCGGUUCAGGAAUCUCAGUUUAAACUCGCGCAUGGUAACAGCUCAUCAGCAACGCACCAACGUUCAACAAGCAUCCAUUUGAAUGUUAGUGCACUCAAUCAUACGUUAGAAUUAUCUGAGACGAAGAAACCAAAUAAAUUACCAAAGCUUAAGCAGCAAGUCAGCAAUCGAAUACUACCGGAGCUCGACCAUAAAGACACUGCAUCCAAGAAACCAAAGUACAAGCUUGAAACACCUCACAGCAAUGAACAAGAUACUUCGAGGACAUGUCCGACACGGGAAAUCCAACCAAUGCGGUUAGAUGUUCCACAACACUUACCACCAUUACGGCAGUCUUCAUCACCAUCCCAAUCAGUUCAUUGUACAGCGUUGACACAGAAUUCUGCGGGUGUUUGUGGUCUUAGCAACAUUGGAAAUACUUGUUAUUUGAAUAGUGCUUUACAAUGUCUGAAUAGUAUACCCGAUCUUGUCCAAUGGGCUAGAAAACAACCGACAUCCUCAGUCGGCGGAAAUAUAGUUGAUGUCUACGUUUCGUUGGUACAAAAAAUGUCAUCCGGCCAACAUACAUCUGUCAAUCCCGAAAAAUUGAAAGUUUGUAUGAGCUAUACUGCACCGCUCUUUUCCGAUCACAACCAGAGAGAUUCUCAUGAAUGUAUGAAUUCACUUCUUACAGCUUUGCAAGCAGCUGAUUCAACUUCGUUCCUUACGAAUCUUUUUCAACUUCAUACUAAAUCAAUGACUACUACUUACAAUUGUGAACAUAUUGAUAGCGCUGAUGAGACAACAACAUUUCUGUCACUCUCAGUGCCACAGUUGAAUCCAGACGAUCGGCGCAAAGUCAGUCUAGAAGAUCUUAUACAAGACUUCUGCCAUGAGGAUGCCUUAAACGGAGAUUACUUUUGUCAGGAAUGUCAGACAUACCGAUCAGCGCGACACAAGACUACAAUUUGCCAACCAUUACCAUCGGCUUUGAUUAUUCAACUGAAACGAUUUCCGUUUGACGGUACGAGUGCAAAAAUCGAGACAUCGGUUGGAUUUCAACUUCAACAUACAAAUUUACUGUCCAAUGAUGAUCAAUACGAACUGUCUGCUAUUUUAUUGCACAGUGGAAGUCUUGCAAGUGGACACUAUACAGCAGUAGCACGUAAUUAUCUCAAUCGUCGAUGGUAUCAAUUUGAUGACAGUUAUGUAAAAGAAAUCGAUGUAGAUGAUGUAUUAAAGCCACUAAAUAUCAGUACAUUAAUGGAAUCGAACGAACGACAACUUGUUCGACCUAAUAAUGGCAGAAAAGAUGUUGAGAAUUCUACCUACGACUUAAGGUCAAUCAAGAUAGAUAUUUCUGUUUCCAUUCCGCGUCUUUUGGCUUUCUAUCAAUGGUAUGACUUGGACCUUCGUUGUCUCAGGCGACUGAUUUCAUCUUUAAACCUUGAUCCCCUGCAGCAAUGUGAAAUCAUUAUACCCAAUGACUUCAAUGAACUCAAAUCAAGUUCUAUACCUUCAACUUCUUCGAUAUCAUUCUCCGUCGAUGAUUUUCUUCUUAUUUUUAUUCGCUAUCUACAACUACUAAGGUUCAUUCCAUGGUCUUCACAAGUAUCUAUUUCUGACCGAGUUUAUCAACCAACAAAGAGAAGAAAAUAUGAGCCAGGUCUUUGUGGUUUAGCUAAUAUUGGCAAUACAUGUUUCAUGAACAGUGCUAUUCAAUGUUUAAGCAACAUACCACAGCUAACAGAAUGGGCUAAAACAUGUCAAUCAUCGAGUGGUCAAGGCCCGGUGACCCAGGCAUAUACAUCAUUGAUCAGAUCUAUGUGGUCAGGAGAGAAGAAGUGCGUUACUCCUAGAGAAAUCAAACAACACGUGAGUCAACAUGCCCCAAUCUUUUCUGAUUAUGCUCAGAAGGACUCUCAUGAAUUCAUGAACUCACUUUUAAAUGCACUGCACUCGGAACUCGCAGCAAAUGUUUCAUUUUCUGAAGAACAAGCAUCUAUUGUUACUGAUCUUUUUCGCAUCCAAACUAAAUCGGAAGUAACCUGCUUAAAAUGCAAUAAGUGCGAUACGAACGAAGAAACAACAUACUGUUUACCAUUACCACUUGAAAACGAGCAGCAGACACAAUUAAGUACACUAUUACAAGAUUUUCUUAAAGAAGAACUUCUCCAGGGUCAAUACUACUGUUCGAAAUGUGAAGAUCUCGGACCGGCUAAACAGCGAACCAGUUUAUGCUAUCCGUUACCACCAGUAAUCAUUGUUCAAUUGAAACGAUUCACAUUCGAUGAAUCCAGUGAGAAAUUAUAUACACUCGUCGAUUAUCCACUUCACGAUUGGCAAGUAGAUGAGAGUGAGAACACGUUGUACGACCUUGCCGCUGUUUCAAUGCACGUUGGCAAUCUAAAACGAGGACACUAUACAACAUAUGCGCGAUUGAAUACAUCCGAUCAAUGGUAUCAUUUUAAUGAUCCUUCUUUUGAGCUUGUCUCUGAUGUGGAAUGUCUUGUGAAUGAAAAUGCUUAUGUUUUAGUCUAUUUGAAGAAGAAUUAA